AUGAUGACUGUGUUUAAAGGUUCUUUAAGAAAAGCAUUUGGGUGUGCUUUCCCUCUAACAAGUGCACAUACUUUCAAUGAUAUGUUCAGAUUCAGCACUAUUGCUCCUGUCAACCCAUUCUCAGGUGUUCAUUACAGGCAAACGAAAGAGUCGACUAACAGAAAAAAAAAGUUAAUAUUAAUAUCUCUUGAUUGGACUCGUCCGAAAGAUCCGCCCCUCUCUCUCGGUCAUGCUUCAAUAUUAGCCAGUCUACAACAUCAUGGCAUUGAAUCAUUUGCUCGUUCAUGGGCUGUCAACUCACCCACCUUUUCUCCUCAUCUUGUGAGGGAUUUCAUUAUGCUCCAUGCACACCCUCAAAUCAUUGUUGCCAUGGGAGCUUUCGUUUGGAAUGAAAAGGCUAUACAGUCAAUUUUAACCGAGUUAAAACUGCUCAAGUUUCCCGGUAGGAUAAUACUUGGCGGGCCCCAAGUAAGCUAUGUUAAGAAAGACAUCGAGAGAUUCUACCCUCAGGCUGACAUUUUUAUCCGAGGAUAUGCUGAAAAUGCUCUUGUAAAGCUAAUUCAAUCCAACGAGUGUUUUCCUAGCAUCCGAGGGAUUCACUAUGCAGGAAAGCCAGAUUUAGGAUUAUCUGCCAUUUCAAACUUGGAAAAUUUAGCCUCGCCUCUUUUAGCCGGACUUAUUCCGCCACAGCGGUUUAUUCGAUGGGAAACCCAACGCGGUUGCCCGUUUCGUUGUGCUUUUUGUCAGCACCGGGAAUCCGAUGUGACCAUGAAGCGUCGUCAAUUGUCUUUGUCGCGCAUAAUUCAAGAGGCAGAAUGGAUUGGAAAACAUCCAAUUAUUCAGGAUAUUGCCGUAUUAGACCCAACAUUUAAUUCUGGGCCUUACUAUCUUGAUGUACUGGAUAAGUUAAUAGAGGUAAAGUACAAGGGAAAGAUAGCUCUUCAAUGCAGAAUUGAAAUGGUGAAAAAAGAUUUCUUGGACAAAAUUGUUCAAUUGAACGACACGGGAGAAGUGUUAUUGGAAUUUGGCUUACAGACUAUUCAUCACAAAGAGCAGGCGAUUAUAGACAGGCCAAACAAUAUGAAGCUUGUUGAAAAAAAUUUAACUGAAAUACGCGAACGCAAUAUUAAAUGUGAAGUUUCCCUCAUUUUUGGUCUACCUAGCCAGACACUCACGUCUUUUAAGCAGACCAUUGACUUUUGUUUGCGUCAUAAGAUUCCAACCAUUAAGGCCUUUCCCUUAAUGUUGUUAAGAGGUACGCCAUUGUAUGAGCGGAAAUCCGAGCUCGGACUGGUUGAAUCUUAUGAAGUGGCUUCGCCAGGCAUUGAUCGUUUACAGGUAGAUAUUCCUCAUGUUGUCGCUAGUCCAUCUUUUACGUAUGAAGAAUGGAAGGAAAUGGCCGCUAUGGCCGCUUGUUUAGAAAAAAUGGAAUUGCCUUCCAAGAUAUGGCAGAUUGUAGAUUCGGGUGGAGGAAUUCUUACAAAAGAGACAUUUAGUGCCGCUCUCAGACUCAUCGCUCAAGCACAGAAUGGGAGCAAGCCGGACGUUUCCCUUGUCAGCAAAGAGGCUCCAUUACCUCGUUUUGAUGGCGUUUAUACUGUUUCAGAAGGAAGAAGAAAGAAAUACAAAAACCUGUUCGAUCAAUUUGAUGCUAAAGAUGGCUUAUUAGGAGGUGAUAAGGCAAAAGUAGUAUUUACUAGAUCUAAACUGCCAACAGAUAAAUUAGCCCAAAUAUGGAAUUUGGUUGAUACCAAGAAUCGCGGUGAAUUAGACUUGACUGAAUUUAUUAUUGCAAUGUAUUUUAUCGAGGAGACGAUGACUGGGACACUUGCCAUACUGCCACAGACGCUUCCACCCGAACUAUAUGAAUCAGCAUCCGGUGGAGUGCCAUACGAGGCAAACAAUAAUAUAUUAAACACAUCCUUGCCACUUCUUGUUCGCCAACAAACAGCACCUUCCUCAGACAUAUUCGACAUACUCGUGGAUGACGAUUGGGAUGUUAGUCCUGACGAUAGAACGAAAUACUUUACAUUGUUCGAGCGAUUGGAUAAAGAGGGAAGAGGAUAUAUCACGGGAGAGCAAGCAGUCACGUUUUUCUUAGUGUCGAAGUUACCACAGGAGGACUUGGCUCAGAUAUGGGAUCUAGCCGAUAUUGGACAUCAAGGGAAAUUGGAUAGAUAUACAUUUGCUGUAGCCAUGUACUUGAUCUUUAAGCGACGAACAGGAAAUGCAUUGCCUGUGACUUUACCGCAGACUCUUAUUCCACCGUCGAUGCGAAGAGCUAAACCAAAUUCUGGCUCAACGCCCGCGCAGAUCGGGAUUCCUCCAGUAUACAUACCUCCUGCCACUGAUAGUCAACGCUCAAACGAUUUCGAUUUAUUAAUGUCAUCGCCGACAUCGCCAAGAUAUUCGAUUGCUGGUAUAUCCGCUCGUCCACCAGAAAAUGAUAUAAUCAGCUCGCAUGAUCUUCCCGCUCAAGUAAAUAUAGCCGCCGGUGAAGUUGGUAAACUGCAGCAGCAAAUAUCCUUUAUGGAAGGUAACACAAUUGACAUGAAAAAAAAACAAGAAACAUUCGAGUCGACUCUAUCAUCGCUCCAAAAGCAGAAGCAGGAACUGUCGGUAAGACUAGGGCAAGUUCGAACUUUACACGAUUCGGAAUUGAAAUCGCUACAAGAGAUAGAGAACAAUUAUCGAAAAGAACUUGUUGCGUUGGAACAGGUUAGAAGUGAAUUAAACCAAGCAGAGAGAAUAUUCGCAACAUUGCAAGCCGAAAGAGACGGAUUAGCCAAUGGAAUUGCUAAAAAUCGAGACGAGAUACAAGAGCUGAGAAAGCGGAUUAGAAUCACAGAAGAGAAUACAAAUAAUAUCAAACUUGAGAUUGAAAAAUUAAAUAAAGAAGAAAGACAGCAAAAAGGAGUACUUGCUAUCAAUAAGAAGCAGUUAUCCACUUUGGAGACGAAGAGGGUUGAAGCUCUUAAGACCUUAUCACCUCUGCAGGAUGGUAUCACUCAAUCAAGUGUUGUGUCUACACCCGUCUCUGAAAUACAGUCGCCGUUCCCAUCUUCAUCCGUGUCAAAGCCUGAUUUCGAUGAAUUUGUUGAUGCGCCCAGCAAUCGAUCCUCUCUAACUCACAGUCAGAAAGGAUCGAGCUCUUCAUUUCCAGAGAUCGAGCCUAGAAAGGCGAUGAGCAUCGGAGAGAGCACUAAUCUAGAGGAAGAUGCGUUUCGAAUUAAGGGGACAGUAGAUGACAAUAAUAUCAAUAGCAUUCCUAAGCAAGAAGGCGCGCUCGAGAAGCCAGCAUCCAUAGCAACUUCAAAGCCAAGCGAGUUCGAGUCUGUAUUUGGAGACCCUUUUGUGCCGAAAGAUAAGGAAAGUUCCGUUACCGCGAUCAAGGCGUUCGAGCCUCCAGCUCUCACGGCUUCACCAUUCGAAAUUGACAGCUCGGACCCUAUGACGCAAUGGCAAAGUGUCACCAAAACUGAAGAACCGACUGAUCAACCCAACUCUCAACUCAAAUCCCAAGAGAUGCCAGCCGAUCCAUUCGCCCAAUUCACGCUUAAAACAUCACUUAAUAAAUCAAACCUUAAUGCUGCGUUCGGUCCUGCAUUCUUUGAGGGCGAUAAAGAUAACGAUCAAGACACACUUACGCCUGACGCAUUUGCUACCGAGUUUCCUUCACUACAAGAUUUCGAAUCUGGAAAUUUCGGAUUCGAGGACAAUUUUACUGUUGAGGAGAUUAUUAGCGACAACAACAAAGAAGCAGCGACAAAGGAAGAAAGCGUUUCGGAUCAAGGAACAACAUCUGAUGGAAUAAAGCAAGAAUUAGCUAGUGGUGACAUGACGACACAACAGAAACAGGAAGCUAUAGAAACCGUGUCUGACAUAUUUUCAAAGUCUUCCGAUUUGGAAAUUCCGAGUGUCACUAACAUUACGGAUAAUAUCAUAAACACGUCCGCUCCAUCCUCAGAUCCGUUCACGUUUCCUCCGCCUCCUAUUACACCUGGAACGACUACAACAGAUGCUAAUCCAACGACAUCUACCGCUUCAGAAUCUAUUCUGCCACCCGCAACGACAAAGACGCCAAGUGCGAUUUCCUCACAAGCCAUUUCAUCAGUUUCCAACGUCGAUUUUGAUUCUGUAUUUGAAGAUCUGUCAGCAGCACCAGUUGGACCCCCCGUACCAAUUGAUUUCGAUGCUACAUUCGAUGAGAGUGAAUUCGACAAGGAAAUUAGUUUUACCUUUGAUGAUGGUGAUGUUAAAAGCUCUAACAUGGGAACAGCGACGCAGUCGACAAAAACACCAAUUUCAACCUCGACCCAGAACCCACCUCCCUCCGCGACCCCUGGCGCAUCAACAAAAACUUCUCCCUUUGCCUUUGAUCCUUUUGACCCUUCACAGAUGGCUUCAUUGCCUGGCGGACCCUCACUCACAAGUGCAUUCGAUACCAAAACAUCUCGUUCGAAUUUGGAUGAAGCAUUUGGCGGAACAUCUCCAUUUACAGCCAAGAAAGAUGAUAUAUCGUUUGGAUUUGAUGAUGCAUUCGCCGAGUUUACAAACAGUGAUGGUGGUAAUAGUGGCAAUGCUGCGAACGGUACAAAUGGUGCAGAUACUGGGAACAAGAACAGUGCAAUCGUAAAAGAGAGCGAGGCUGAUAAACAAACCAAAACUGGAAAUCCUCCAUUAAUAACUAGCGAAGAUGAAGAUACGGUUGAUGUAAGGAAUUUACGAGCUAUGGGAUUCUCCAGAGAGGCUGCCGUUAAUGCUCUGGAAAAGUUUAAUUAUGAUCUUGAAAGGGCAGCAGAUUAUCUGGCUGGCAAUUGA